AAAUCUUACCACCUUCAACGUUUCUUUUCUUUGAAUCGUUAACAAAAUAAUGUCAUCUGAAUCACCUCCAAAAACCAUACUGAUAACUGGUGCAGCUGGUUUCAUAGCUUCUCAUGUCACCAAUCGUCUUGUUACGAAUUACCCAAAUUACAAGAUUGUUGCUCUUGAUAAACUUAGUUAUUGUUCAAGCCUCAAGAACCUACAACCAUGUUUUACAUCUUCAAAUUUCAAGUUUGUCAAGGCGGAUGUUGCAAGUUCGGAUCUCAUCAACUAUUUAUUGGAUGCAGAAGAAAUCGAUACCAUUAUGCAUUUUGCAGCUGAAACCCAUGUUGAUAAUUCGUUUGGGAACUCGUUUGAGUUCACGACCAACAAUAUUUAUGGCACCCAUGUAUUGUUAGAAGCUUGCAAGGUCACUAGACGGAUAAAUAGGUUCAUUCAUGUGAGUACGGACGAGGUAUAUGGUGAGUCUGAUUUGGAGACGGAUAUAGGGAACCCAGAGGCAUCGCAAUUGCUUCCCACGAAUCCCUAUUCCGCUACAAAGGCAGGUGCGGAGAUGUUAGUCAUGGCGUAUCAUAGAUCAUAUGGGUUGCCCAUAAUCACGACAAGGGGGAAUAAUGUUUAUGGUCCAAAUCAAUUUCCUGAGAAGCUCAUACCCAAGUUUAUUUUGCUUGCUAUGAGGGGUGACCCGUUGCCAAUUCAUGGCGAUGGAUCUAAUGUUAGAAGCUAUUUGUAUUGUGGGGAUGUCGCGGAGGCAUUUGAGGUGGUACUUCAUAAAGGCGCGAUUGGGCAUGUCUAUAACAUCGGGACGAAGAAAGAGAGGAGUGUCUUGGAUGUUGCUACGGAUAUUUGUAAACUUUUCGGGGUUGAUAUUAAUAAAACACUACGUUUUGUGAACGAUAGGCCAUUCAACGAUAAACGAUACUUUUUGGAUGAUCAAAAGCUCAAGAAACUCGGAUGGGAGGAAAGGACUCCAUGGGAAGAAGGGUUAAGAAAGACGAUUGAAUGGUAUCGUGAAAAUCCUAAUUGGUGGGGAAAUGUAGGGCUCGCGCUUCAACCUCAUCCUCGGAUCUCACCAACAGUCACAUCACACAAUGAAGAAGAUUUCUUGAUUCAAAACAAAACCGGAACCUCAGAAAAUAACAUUAAGUUCCUGAUCUAUGGCCGGACGGGUUGGAUAGGAGGUUUAUUAGGAAAACUAUGCACAGAUAAAGGGAUUCCCUAUACUUAUGGGCGAGGAAGGCUUCAAGAUAGGAAAAUGUUAUUGAACGAUAUACGCACAGCACAACCCACCCAUGUGUUUAACGCCGCUGGGAUAACAGGGAGGCCUAAUGUGGAUUGGUGUGAAGCACAUAUGGUCGAAACUAUAAGAACAAAUGUCAUGGGAACCCUAACUUUGGCCGAUGUUUGCAAACAAGAAGGUCUUUAUAUGCUGAAUUUUGCGACUGGAUGCAUAUAUGAAUACGACAAGGACCAUCUUCUAGGUUCAGGUAUUGGGUUCAAGGAAGAAGAUAAGCCUAAUUUCACAGGAUCAUUUUAUUCCAAGACAAAAGCCAUGAUUGAGGAGUUGCUAAGGGAAUAUGACAACGUUUGCACGUUAAGACUAAGGAUGCCAAUAUCGUCGGACUUAAGCAACUCACGCAACUUUAUAACAAAGAUUACGCGUUACAACAAAGUAGUAAACAUUCCAAAUAGUAUGAGCAUACUAGACGAGCUCCUACCAUUGUCAAUAGAGAUGGCAAAAAGGAAAUGUAAAGGUGUUUGGAAUUUCACAAAUCCAGGUGUUGUGAGCCACAAUGAGAUCUUAGAGCUGUACAAAAGAUACAUAGACCCGAAUUUAGAAUGGGUCAAUUUUGAUUUGGAAGAGCAAGCCAAAGUGAUAGUAGCACCAAGAAGUAACAAUGAGUUGGAUGUUUCUAAGCUUAAGAAAGAGUUCCCAGAGCUGUUGUCGAUUAAAGAUUCGAUAAUCAAGUACGUGUUUGAACCCAACAGACGAGUUAAAUGAUUAUUUGAACCAACUCAGCUAGUUGUUGAGAGCAUAAUGUAUGAUCUUGGACAGCCCUCCGGCCGCGG